CCCCAGAUAUAAAAACGUUGGAAACGCAUUAAAUAAAUCACGUACAAAAAAGGCAAAGCAUAAUUAGUUUUCUUUUUUUUUUUGCUAUUUGUAUUAAAGGAGCAGUGUGUGUUUUUUGAGAAUUGUGUAUUGUGCAGAAAAGCAAAAAAAUGAAAAUAAUUUAAUAAUCCUGUAAUAGAAAUGUCAAUGAUUAACUUCAUUGGUUUAAAAGUGGAAAAUUUCAAGUGAAAGAAGUUACAAAAAAAAAAAGAAAAUUUAAUUCAAUCCAUUCAUCAAUUCCGUAGUGAUAAUCUAUUGAAUAGUGUGCAUGAAUGAAAUGUUUAAGGCAAAUUCUUUUAGUUUUUAAACUUGGGAAUAAUCAUACCCAGCCUAUGGCUAAGCAGCAAGGUUAACAAUACAUUUUUAUAGCUCCUUAAAGGAAAAAAGAAUUGUCAAUUGCUUCAACUACUCAACACUAGAUCAUAAUGUUAAAAUUUAAAUAUCCGAAGAGAAAAAAUCGCAAUGUCUGAAAAGUCUCAUCGGCGUUUGUCAUCAAAAAACGCAGUAAAGCAGCAGAGGCAGGAGCAACCUCGACAUCAGCCUAGAAACGAGAUAUUAGCACAAAUUGAAGGAUGACGCGAGACGGUGAAAUACCAGCGAUUUUCAAUCCUAAACAACAUCGAGUACGAACGCCAUCCGUAGUGGUGACGGGAGACUCACCAAAUGGCCCCUAUGGCGGUGGCUUUACCAACAUUCUCAAUGCCAGUAAUCCUCAAAUAACCCACCAAGACUCAAUAUCGUCUAGUCAACAGGAUCCUAAUGAGGUCAUCACCAUACAUCCGGACACAUCCUGCCCAGUUGCCUUGACAAGAGGAGGAGGCGGAGGAGGUGGUAGUGGUUUAAUUUCAGGCGCCGUGGGAGGAGGUGGAGGUCCUGGUGGUGGUGGCGGCGGCGGCAAUGAUUCAGACACUCCUACAACCGAGGCUGGCCAAAAUGACAACACCACAACUCGUUUUCCCCGCCUCAAAGCCUGCAAAGAAACCUGCUGCUCCGAAUUGGCACAAAAAAUGUAUUUCGGUGUUUGUGUCACCAUCCUCGUCACAGCCUCAUGGGUGGGGGCAACGCAUUGCAUAAAAUUUUUAUAUUUAAAUCGCAGCUCGUACAUGACAGCCAUCGAUGAUCUGGACUCUUUGGGCAUAGAUGAUCUGGACUUUGUCACCGAUGUCCAUGAGGGCGCUGAGCUGGGCAUUGAUUCAUUGUUGCCUCUAAAUGACCACACCAUGAGCUUAGAGGAUGUUGAAGAUGCCACCAAAAUUUUCCACAUACCACCAGAGCCACCCGUACAGGCGAAUGUCUUUAGUGCGCCAUUCUUUGCGGCUUGGUUUUUUACAAAUUUCUCUUUGUUGUUCUUUCCCAUUUACGUUCUGGGGAGGAUAUCCUUGAGAAAAUGUGAUAAGCCAGGCGAAAUAUUGGGCGAUAUUUUGAGAGGAUUUCGCGAUCGGGGGUUUACCAUAGGACGUUUUCUUAAUCGCUGCCUAUCAUUUUGUAUAUUAUGGCUGCUAACGACUUAUCUUUAUACGUUAUCUCUGCGUGUCUUAUUUGCCACCGAUGCCAUGGCCUUGUUUGCCACAAAUGUGGCAUGUGUUUACCUCCUAUCCUGGGUGAUACUGCACGAGCAAUUUGUAGGCGUUAGGAUUGUAGCCGUCAUUUUAUGUGAUACCGGAAUAGCAUUACUAGCCUAUAUGGAUGGCAUUACCGAGUCACCCACUUUGAGUGGGGUGGUAUUGGCCACACUGGCAGCCGCUUGUUAUGCCGUCUUUCGAGUCAUGUUUCGCAAAGUGAUGGGCGAUCCACCGGUUGGGCAAAUUGCCUUUGCCUUCACCACCCUGGGCUUUCUAAAUGCCCUGCUCAUGUGGCCAAUAUGUGUGGCAUUAUAUUUGACGGGAACGGAAAUAAUGCCAUCAGAUCGUAUGCCUUGGAUUAUUUUAUUGAUUGCCAGUAUAUUGUUAUUGGUGUUUCACAUUUUAAUGCAAUUUAGCUCGGCUGUUACCUACAACAUGUUUGUUACAUUGGGUUUAAUUACCGCCGUUCCUGUUUCAGGAGCUCUGGAUGUUGUCUUGUAUGGAGCCACUUUUGCUGGCAUGAAGUUGGCCGGAGUUAUACUGAUUGCGGUGGGCUUCUUUUUGGUUAUGUUCCCCGAGAAUUGGCCAGACUAUAUAACGCGUUUGCUAAGAAAAAGUGGUCGUGCUAUACUGCGUUAUCAGUGUUGUUGUGAGUUGGCCGAAAUUCACUACACCCAUUCGAAAUAUCAUCUUAUUGGGUCACAACGCGAGAUGGGGUCGAGGUCCUCGCCACGGUUCGUUAGCCGGUCAGCAUCCCACCAUUAUAGAUUAUCGGACGGGAUACAUAAGGUCCCAUCUUCGGUCACCCUCUGGCCGUGUGAGAUGACUGAUUUGUCGCCUACUGGUUUUAUACAAAACAAUCAUGCCCUCAGUCGGCAACAUUCGCAACAGCAUCAUCCACCACUUGUGCAUCAGCAGUCGCACCAUGGUACCACCGCACCGCCUCAUUCACAAAUUCUGGCUUUGCAUCACCAGCAGUACUCUAGCCUUUCGUUGUCCUCAUCUGCUGGUGGCGGCGGUGGAGGAGGUUAUACAACUACAACAACCGGCAGUGGCGGCGGUGGUGGAUCUGGUCAUCAUGGUACUUCAAGUAGUCAUAGCAGCAGCAUACGUGCUCCUCCAGUUGGCAGUGGUGGUGGCCGUCUAUUUUCAUAUUUUGGCAAUGAUCAUGAACAUGAACGCAAAAAAUCUGAGACAUCAUUUUUCAAUUUGGGUUUUCGUCGCAAAUCUACAGUGGUUUAUUAUGCGGCCACUGACUAAUAAUAAUAUAACGACAGCUACAGUGAUUAAAUCCCUUAUUGGUAGUGUUACCAUAUAAUAAAAAGUUGAUAUAUGAAACAAAAAACGGGGAAAAACUUGUGGACAAAUAUUUGAAGUGUUUGAAGAGAAUUUAAAAAUGAUCAAAAUUUAGCAUGGUUUUUU